CUCCUCAUUCACCGCCGCAUCUUCGCCUUCAUCUUUUCCUCCCCUCCUGAUUCCCCACUUUUCAAUCAUCUCCACCGAUCCUUCUUUUAUUCUCUUUCGCAGGACUUGAUCCCGUCGCACUAUCGUAAUAAUGGACGCUUCCGAUCUCCACGAGACCAUCGUCGACGAGACCAUGGCUGAUUCCAUCCCCAUGGAUGAGACCGAUCUGGAGGUCACUCCCAAGACUGAGGAGGAAUAUGCCCAGUCUAUGCUCACCCUUCGCGCCAUCGUUUCUUCCAAGGAGGCCGGUGUCAUCAUCGGCAAGGCCGGCAAGAACGUCGCCGAUCUCCGCGACGAGACCGGUGUGAAGGCCGGUGUGAGCAAAGUCGUUCCCGGUGUACACGAUCGCGUCUUGACCGUCACGGGUCCUCUCCAUGGCACCGCUCGAGCCUACGCGGUGGUCGCCAGGAGCUUGCUCGAAGGCGCUCCCCAGAUGGGCAUGGGCGGUAUCGUCUCUAACAACGGUACUCACCGUAAGUCGAUUCAUCUCCUCCCCCGACGGACCCCCGUCGGCGACCAGGCUAACAUUCUCGUGGCAGCGGUGCGACUUCUCAUCUCCCACAACCAGAUGGGCACCAUCAUCGGACGCCAGGGCCUUAAGAUCAAGCACAUCCAGGAUGCUUCGGGCGUGCGCAUGGUCGCGCAGAAGGAAAUGCUCCCCCAGUCGACCGAGCGCAUCGUCGAGGUGCAAGGAACCCCCGAGGGCAUCGAGAAGGCUGUCUGGGAAAUCGGCAAGUGCCUGAUCGAUGACUGGCAGCGAGGAACCGGCACCAUCCUCUACAACCCCGCCGUGCGCGCCAACGUCGGUGGCCCCACGAACCCCACCAGCCCCGGCAACAACGGUUACAACAGCCGCCCCUACAACCGGACCGGUAACGGUGCCGACUUCAGUGACCAAUCCGGCGGCGGUUACGGCCGACGCUCCAACCCCGACACCUCCAACCGCGGCUUUCCCCUGGUCACCGAGGAUGGCGAGGAGAUCCAGACCCAGAAUAUCAGCAUCCCCGCGGACAUGGUUGGCUGCAUCAUCGGCCGGGGCGGUACCAAGAUCACGGAGAUCCGCAGGAGCUCUGGAGCUCGGAUCUCGAUCGCCAAGGCGCCCCACGAUGACACCGGCGAGCGCAUGUUCACCAUCAUGGGAAGCGCCCAGGCGAAUGAGAAGGCGUUGUAUCUCCUGUACGAGAACCUGGAGGCGGAGAAGACCCGCCGCAGCCAGCUGCCCCAGGAAUAAAGCACUCCCCCUGACCUCGCUCGACCUUUUCCUGUGCAUGCUCAUCACGUACCACCAUGUGAAAAACGGCCCUGCAAUCUACCCGAGGGAGAGGACUUGAAUCCCUGUCUCGGGUGUCCUCAUGUCCUCCUUUUCCUAUAAUCCUUUUGUGUCGUGAUCUCAUCUUACUUCUUUUUU